AUGUUGUCACCAGAAGAACUUCAAGUAGAAGUUUGUCAUGUAUUAACAAAUCUAAGUGAAAUAACAGCCGAAAUAACUGAUCAGGAAAGCACCAUUGUAUCAGUUAAAGAUGAUCACGUAGAAAAGAGAAAAGAAGUUGAGGGAGCCGUGAAAGAAGCUAAGAUCGUCAAUGAGGAAAAGGAACGUUUGAAGGCCGACAAUGUUCGUCUGACAGCGAAACGAAUACAGCUAACUCGUCAAUGCAAAGAUGCGCAAGCGCGGCUCGACCGUGCCCUUGAGAGCCAAAAAGAGCUGCUUCGUCGACAGCAGGUAGAGGAGGAUGCUAUUGAGGCCGAGGUGGGUAAAUCAAAAUUGGAGGAAAAAAUCGAGGAGCUUUCGACAGAUAUACAAAGUCUCACUAGCAAGAGAGACCACCUUAGGAACAAUGGCAACGUUCUAAUCUAA